GAGGCCUGGGAGGGGGGAUGCAAGGCUGACGUCAGGCCCCAAGACCGCCCGGGAAGCAGCAGGGAAAGGCGGGGUGGAAGCCGGCGGCCCGGAAGGGGUCAGCUGGGCAGGGGGAGCAGAGGACGCGGUACCCGGGGCAGGAUUGGGGUCUCCGGCACCCGAGAGACGUUGCCGAGGAACAGACGACUUCCCCAAUCUUCCUCCCGGGCCCCCGGAAACGGAGUGGGAAGUGCAAGAGGAAGAACGGGGGAAACCCCUCCCUCGGACAGCAGCCCGGGCGGGACACUCGGGCGGCAGGAACUGGGGAUGGGGGGGGGAGUCCCUUCAAAAACAGACCUGGCGUCCGCCCCAGCCCGCACAAGGCGCCGCCCUCCCAGCACCUAAUUUUAAAAAGGGGCGGUGCCUCUUUAAAUGCACCCCCACACACCGCACACCCUCCACACACACCCCCAGCUAAGACAGAGGUGGUGAUGGGGGGGGGGGCUGAGGGGAGAAGCUAGGCUGUUCGUGGGGUUGCCUAGGCAACCGUCACCCGGACUGAGAGCACCUCAUUGGUGAAGGGCCCCCACCCUAGCCUCGUUGCCAAGGCAACCGCAUCCGCGGCAGGGACCUGUAGGGUGGGUGACCCCACCCCCGGCCCCCAUCGCCCCCGCCCGACCUAGUCUCCCGCCUCUUCCCCAGAACCGGCCGGGGUGGCUGUUUACAGGAUUUGGGAAAAGCCGAUUGAGCGCUAAUAGGUUCGGGACGGCUCAACCCGGGAUAAUCCCCAUUCCGGGCCGGCUGCACCCCAUUAGCCGCUGGGAGCAGCGGGGCAGGCAAGCCCCCAAGCAGCCUGCUCCCUCCAGCGCCGAGGUCGCCCGCCCCGCCGCGCCCGCACAAAGCCCGUGGGAGCCGCUCAGAAGUAAUUAGGGCUCCGGAGAGAGGCCCUCGGCCCCGGGGCGCGGAGCUGUUCUCUCCCAGGCGCCGGCAAGCGGCCCCAGACGGCUUGGCCCGAUGCCCCUAGGCACCCCAAGAGCCCAGCUCGACGCCCAGGAGCCCCCGAGGCCUAGCUGGCACCGCUCCAGCCUCCGACGUCCUGCCUUCCCCGGGACACCUGUGCGAUCUGGCCGUGCACACUGCACUCUGGCGACCCAGGCGUCCCCCACCCAGCUCCCACUUCCCCCAGCCACUGGGCGUUCCUCUUCCCCAGCGAUAUUUCCCCCUCUGAGUUCAGCUUUCUGCGCCAGCGCCAGGGGAUGCCCCUCCACAAUGAGAUGGGAGCGGGCAACGACACCGCCACCACCCCACUCCAGCUGUGGACAGACGCUCCUUCCUUCCAGCUUCCAGCAGCCCAGGUCUAGCCGCAAUGACACAGGCCUGGGGCAGAGGGAAAACAGGCCAGGAAGAAGCCACUGGGUCGGGGGCCGUGCCCUAAGAUUCCCUUCUCCUCCAAGACAACCUCAGCAGCUCCUAGAUUCUAGGAAUAAAACCACCACAGCCCCCAAACAAAAUAAGGAGGGGGGGGUGCCACCGCCUCCGCAGGUGUGAGAGGAGUCGAGGAAGGGUCCUCAGAUCUGGCAGCUGGAAGGCGCAGGCUGGUGCUGUGCUGGGAAGUGCAGUGGGCCCGGCCCUCCAGUUCCUAGGACCUCCAUUUUGCCCAAAAAGAAGGCUGGGCGACUAGGAGCUAGACGUGGGGUAGGGAUUUGUAAAAAGAAAAAGGUGCUGAGAUCUCCAGGGUGGGGUAGGGGACUCGGAAAAAAAGAAAGAAAAAAAAAACACAGCCAGAGCCCAAAUCAAGGGACAGACAGCAGGGUGGAGACAAGGCAAGGGUGGCCUUGAGGCCUUGGCUCUAUCUCCUAGGAUUCCGGAGUUCUGCACGUCCAACACAAGCAAGGCUUUGAAACGAGUGGGCACGAGGGCUGCUACCCAGGGGCAGGCAGCAGGGUGGUGGUGGGGCAAGGGGGCGGGACAGGACCGAGAAGAGACCCGGAAUUUAGCCCCCCAGCUAUGAAGGGAGCAAGAGGCAGGCGGGGCUGGGAUGGGGGUUUAGGGUCAAAAAAAAAAAAUGCCACUGAUACCGCAGGGAACGCAUGCAUUAUUGAAGCCGAGGGUCCCCCCCAGUUCCCCUUCCGGGUUCGGAAGCGACCGGGCCAGAGGAAGGGAGGGGAGGUCUGGGGAGUUACGUCCGCUUCCCAAGAGCCAAACCCGGGAGACGGGAGGGACGGGGGCUUCCCCCGGCCGCGCACACACCCGUGGGAAUUUGGGGCUGGGGGCGAGGAGGACUCCUUUUGUCAGCGGAGGUACCUGGGGGUGGCGGGACUCUGCCAAGGGGUCGCUUGCCGGAGCGCGGGCGGUCCUGUCUUCCUCCGCGGCGGAGGCGGCGGCGGCGGCGGCGGCGGCGGCGCGGAUGGAUUUCCUCAGUCACCCCAACUCAACCGUCCAGCGCAGCUCUCCCCAGAGCGGAGGGAUCCCGCCCGCCAGUGACGCGGCCGCCGCCGCCGCGCCCAGGGCCAGGCUGGGCGAGACCAACUGCCCGAGUGCGGGGGGGAGUGGGGAGGCGACCGCGCCGCGGCAGGGGCGCGCACGGACUCCGGCGCGGGAAGAGCACCGCGCCGAGGCUUUCCAGCUCAGCCCGGACCACAGUAACUCACUGAGCCGAUAUUUCCUGAGCCCUGGCGACGUCCUGAGUCCUGGAGGCUGUGUCGCAGGCACUGAGAGUGCAGUCCUCACCUUUCAGGGAGACUGUGGUCCACAGAGGAGGAAGACAGCGUCCAGGCCUUCAGUUGACGCUGUGAUGCCAUGAUACUGCCCACACUAAAGUGGGCCUUCCCACCUCCACUAAAUCUUUCGGGAAGCACCCUAGCAGACACACCUAGAAGCCUGUCUCCCAGGUGAUCCUCUAACUCCCAUCGAGCUGGCACUCAAGACUGUCAACCGCAUGGCCUGAAG